GCCCUCAGGGGGGCACCCCCUCUGGGGCGGGAGGGUGGUCAGCCGUGCCCUGGUCGCCGAGUGGCGGAGAGGUUCGGUGCCUCCUUCCUAUUUCCGCCGGCCAGCAGCGCGGCGGGGCGAGCGCCAGGCGAGAGGCGCUCGGUCCUCCCUCCCGCCCGCGUCGGGGGCCGGCCCUGCUCGCCAGCGCCUUUUUCCCCCGCACCGCGGCGCGCUCCGCCACUCGGGCACCGCAGGGAGGGCAGAGGCUGCAGCCGCCCGCCCGCCCGCCCGCCCGCGCGGAAGAUGGUCACCUCGGCCGGACAGCUCGCCCUGCUCGCGCUGGGUAUCGUGUUGGCUGUGUGCCAAGCUCUGGAAAACAGCACGUCCCCCCUGAGUGCAGAACCACCUGUGGCUGCAGCGGUACUAUCACAUUUCAACGACUGUCCAGAUUCCCACACUCAGUUCUGCUUCCAUGGAACCUGCAGGUUUUUGGUGCAGGAAGACAAGCCAGCGUGUGUCUGCCAUUCUGGGUACGUCGGCGCACGCUGUGAGCACGCAGAUCUCCUGGCCGUGGUGGCCGCCAGUCAGAAGAAACAAGCCAUCACCGCCCUGGUGGUGGUCUCCAUCGUGGCCCUGGCUGUCCUCAUCAUCGCGUGUGUGCUGAUACACUGCUGCCAGGUCCGAAAGCACUGUGAGUGGUGUCGUGCUCUCGUCUGCAGGCAUGAGAAGCCCAGCGCCCUCCUGAAAGGAAGAACCUCCUGCUGUCACUCAGAAACAGUGGUCUGAAGAGCCAGAGGAAGAAUUUGGCCAGGUAGACUGUGGCAACCAAUGAAGAAAGGCCUUCUUUAGGACAGCAGCACCAGGGGUGCCCGGGAUGGGCCAGCGGACCUUUCCUCAGUUGCCCAUCCUCACUUGGCAGCGUUUUGUCUUGUGUGGGCCUUCAGAACUUUGUCAGAGCUCUGUCUGCUUGGGGUUAUUUGGUGUGCCCUGGAGAAGACAUCAAUGGACCACAAUUUAAAGCCUGGUAGAACAAGAAUUGCCAAGGGGUGGCCUUCCUGUUUGCCUACAUCAGGUGUGCAUCAGGCGGUGUCUGAGUCCGUGUGUGUGCAGUUGUCUCCUGCCAACCAUGGAUCCAGACUUUCUUCUUGAUAGGCCACCUCCCCAUGAAAAAAUCCUUCCUAAUACCAGAGAUUCUAUAGCUCUUGCUGUUUUGUCUCAUCUCGUCUGUUAAUCAGUGUCGGAAACGAAGAAGGAGAAGUGGCUUAUUGUUACAUGAAGUCAUUGGGUUUAAGAGGAGCCCUGUCCUCUGACCACCAGACCCUCAACCAACCUGACAUCUACGGACACAUGAUGUUGAAGACCUUCAUAAGUUGUUGCUACCCUCAAAGACAAUUUCUUAUUUAUUAGACGGAUAAUGGUUUUAUUUUUAAUCUUUUAAGUCAAUGUAAAAAGCACACACCCCUUCAGACUUAUACACUAAAGAUGUAGGUUGCUGGCUGAAAACUUAGACUGAUUAGAAAUGACUGGCCUCUGAGACAGCUAAAACCAGAGGCUACAGAAAUGGAACCAGCGGAUGGUUCUGAUAGGAGUGAGAAUCACGGCCCAGAGGUCAUGCCAUCAAGAACACAGAAAAGCAGGAAAAUGCCCUGAUACAUUCAGCUGGAAAACUUAGCAACUCCAGGAGGGAUCUGGCCCCUCUGCUGGGGAGAGAGGACAAGAGACCUCAUGUGUGUGACACAUGUAAACACAACACAUGCUCUACUGCUUGGUAAUUAAAUGGUUUAACUUGUGAGCCCAGCUUGGGCAUUAGCAGCCAGCAUUUCAGGCUGAAUCUAUGAAAGGGGACCAAUCCUUUAUUUUCCAUUUUGUUCCUUGGUUGGUUUGUUGCUUUAUUUUAAAGGAGAAAUUUAAGUUUCCUAUUUAUUUUUAAGCAUUAAGAGAACUCUUCCAGUGGGUUUUUUUUUUUUUCCUUUCCAUUCAGAAUGCCGGUUUUGUGAACAAAAGCACUAACAAGCCUCUUACUUUCCCCUCAAGAGGAGUAGAAAUUGUUCUCCUGAGCACUUGAGAACACUCUGACCUGCUGGGCCAGCCUGUGGAAAGCAGUGUGUCCCUUCAAAUGAUCAGCUGGGAGUUCAUCCUUCAGAACUUUCAUUAAAAGUUGGAAACAGAAUGACAACGAAAUCAUAUAUACAAUAUUCAUGUGAAGAAACUAUUCACUACUAUUUAAGAAGUGAAAGAUUUUCACCUUUUAGCCCUCAGUGCAUCUAACUUACCAUGCCUUGCAAGGGUCUUUGGCAUGUCAAGUUGAUUUUUACUGGGAAAUUUUGUCAUCCCACUAAUUAUUCUUCCCUAAUCUUUUUCUGUGAAUAUCUGGUUUUUACAAUCAAGGCGAUGAUCUCACUUGUGGCUUAAGUUUGGCAUUUAUUUAAUGGUGCCACACCAGAGGCAUCAAAUGCAAAAGUUGAGUCUGUCGGAGCCAGCCCCUAACAGUGCAGCUGGCAUCACUCCAGGUUUUUAAACUAUUAAAGAAAAUAGGUGCCAGUUUGGAUACCUUGGGUCAAUCCUAUUAGCAGCAGAUAUGUGAGCCAAGGCUUGGCUAAGGCCCCCUGCUCAGACACCAAGCAAUUGACCCUGGUUUUAGACCCUAGUAUGCCCUCAGCUUUCUUAUCAGAGUCCCUGAAGUCUCAGAUUCUGGCUUAGAGAGACCAAUGAAAGUAGAGGAGGGGCUGGGGAUUUAGCUCAGCGGCAAAAGCGCCUGCCUGGCAAGCGCAAGGUCGUGAGUUCGGUUCCCGGUACCGGAGAAAAUCCAAAAAAAAAAGAAAGUAGAGGAGCAUGACUUGUUUAUAACUUGAGUUCCCCUUUUUUUCUUUAAGACAAUCUUUUCCUGGCUUGAGAGAGGUCUGAUCGCUUUUAAAGGAGUAUAGAUUGAUGUGAAAAUGUGUCUCGGAGCUUCCUUCACCUCAUGGGUGAAUGAUUAGCGUCCACCUGAAAAUGCUAUCAGUAGCUGGCAUCCAAGAGACUUCGCAGAGGUGCAAGAAAAUAGUGAUGGACAGAAGGUGGAAGCCAAGGCUCCCGGUGAGGACCUCAGAUUUAGUGUCUGUGAAUUCUCUGGUUCUAGGGUUCAGCUGCUUCCAGCUGCUGGGGCUCCCUUCCUUGUGCCUGUACAUCCAUUGAACUCAAAUGUGUGCCCUUCAGAAAUACCUUCUGGAUUAGUCCUUGUAAGCCAGCAGGUCUGAGGCUGGGUUGAGUGGGCUUGAUUGGACCAUUGUCCAUGUCUGAGGAUAGAAUAGCCUUAUUGUUUUGAUAAUUUCUCUUUGGGAAAUCAAAUGAAGACAAGCACUGGAUCCCCAUACCAUUUAUUGGCAGGGGUCGGUCUUUGGUUAACUAUAAAAAUGCUCUUUUUAGGCUUAAAGUGCAUCUUGUAAGCUAUCUCUGCAAAAUCCUUGUGUCCUUGCCCUUCAGAAAGCCAAGCGUUUCCUAUGAUUAAGGAACUGUUCAAGAGGCCUGACCUGCUAAGCAGUGGUGCAGUGGAGAAUGUAACUCUUCCAGAAUGUAACUGUCCCAGAAAAGACUUUAGAUAAAGACCUCCAAACCUUUAACGGGGCCUGCAUUUCCCCACUGCCCUAUAGGCUGCGACAGUAAACACACUGGCAGGAAACUACAUAGAAGAAUACACAGCAGCCAAAUCCAAACUGGAAGUUAGGGUCCAGGUAGAUACAUGUGAGGAAAAGCAAGGGGUGAGUUGAUUAUGUGUCCCAGCAGAAGAGGUAGGUACGGUGGCCCUAAGAUCCUUUUUCCUGAGCAAGGAGAAGGGAGGGAUUGACACUCACCCAUGCACACUGAUGAGGGAGAAGGAUUUGUGGUUCUAGAACUUCUUGGGAAGAAAUGUUCUUUGCAGGUAUAGAAAACUGCCUGGUGUCUCCAAGCCAGUUUCCCAAAGCCUGUGAGCUCCUGGUGUUUUUUCCAGGCAACUUGGCAAGAAUAGACCAAUGAUGCCCUAACGCUACUCAGGAGGCCUCAGCCCCUUAGUAGGUUCUGGACUUUCAGCUCUCCCAGCAUGCCCAGCCUUGGGGAGAGGAAUGAUUCAACACCCCAGGACCAGGGUACUUCACGAAAACCACAUGUGUUUGUUUUCAGUGUUUUAACAUAAGACGUGUCCUCUCUAGCCAUUGAGCUUACCAGACUUUUUGAAAGACGUAAUGGUAUACAUGAACACACACACACACACACACACACACACACACACACACAUACAGUACUGAAAAGCAACCCCUCUUCCUACUGUAAUAACUUACCAAAAUGUUCAACUUUUCAUUACCUUUAUUAUACAAACCUGAUGCUUUUUUUAGAACUCAUUACUCUGACUUCUGUAUAUGUUGCACUGAGAAGGUUAAUAUUUAAUGUCUUAAUUUAUUUUGUGUGGUAAGUUAAUUUUGAUUUCUGUAAUGUGUUAAUGUGAUUAGCAGCUAUUUUCCUUAAUAUCUGAAUUAUACUUAAAGAAUAGUGAGCAAUAUAAGAUGCAGUUGUCUUUUUCAGAAAUGUGCAUUGCUGUUCAGUUGUGCUGUACCUUGUUUGGAAGGAUGAAGGAAUGAAUUCUUUUUUUUUCCUAAAUCGA